GUCGCUAUAUCCUGUUUUAGAGCAUGAAUGAAAUCGGGAGAAAUUGAAGAUAACAAAAAAAAAGUAGUACCGUGCGUGCUCCACAGAACAAUACUGAUGACUUUACUCUCUUCUUCUCCAUUUUGUCUUCCCAAACCAUCAAUUUCAGCUUCUCCAAAUUUAUUUUCAUCAAACAAGUUUAUAGUUCGCUGCUGUCAUAAAUUCAGUGAUGAUAGCUUGCAGAAUGGAAAUGGAAUACAUUAUGAGGAGACAGUGAGGCGUCGGGUUUUGCUUUUCUUUUCUGCUUCGUCAUUGAUUGUUUUUCCAACUUCGCCUUCUUUUGGAAAGACGAAGAGCAAAAGUCCGUAUGAUGAGAGACGAUUGUUAGAGCAGAAUAAACGCGUGCAAAGGGAGAAUAAUGCACCCGAAGAGUUUCCGAAUUUUAUUAGAGAAGGUUUUCAGGUUAACGUAGUGACGCCAGAGAAUUAUAUAAGGUGCGACUCAGGGCUUAUAUAUAGGGAUUUCGAAGUUGGUAAAGGUGAUUGCCCAAAGGCUGGUCAACAGGUGAUUUUCCACUAUGUUGGUUACAAUGAAUCAGGCCGUCGCAUUGACAGCACCUAUUUACAGGGUGCACCUGCCAAAAUCCGUAUGGGCACCAAUUCAUUGGUUCCAGGAUUUGAAGAAGGAAUUCGAGAUAUGAAACCGGGGGGCAAGAGAAGAAUAAUAAUUCCUCCAGAACUUGGACCACCGGUAGGACCUUCCACAUUUUUUAGCUCAAAGCAGUUCGAGGUGUUUGAUGUAGAACUUCUCAGCAUCCAAGAUUGCCAAAGGAGGACUAUAGCAUUUUACUCUGAUGUUGUAUGUAACUGAGUUCCAAUGGGAAAAACUGCACAUCUUGAAAACAGAGGUUUUGGUUGGAAGUUUUGAAUGGCUGAAUACUAAUGGAACACAAAUUAUUAGACCUGCUAAAUGAUGAUCUUUUGUCAUCUUUUAUAA